AAGACUCUCAUGUUUGAAUUAUCGCGCGUUCGUGGUGACGUUGGCUCAUUGAGUUCUGAAUUUCGACUCUAUCAUCUUGAUCUGAAACGUGGAUGUGAUAUGUGUGCUUCUAAGGUGGAUGAAGAUACGAGGCGUUUCCAUUUGGUUGCGAGUAAAUAUGAAACGGAUAAAUGCAAAUUGAAGGAGCAACUGAUCGCAAAAGAUGAAGAAAUGGCACAGUUACGUGGCGUAAUCGAUAGUAAAACUCGCCAAUUGCUCGUUGCAGACCGAGAUUUGCAUCUUGCAAAUGAACGGGUGAUCAGUAUCCAGAAAAAAUUAGAGGACAAAUUAUUCGUUGCAACGAAUACGAAAUGCACAACGUGCAACGUGUUCGAUAAGUAUCGUGAUGUGUUGACCACGCAGAUUGCCGACAAAACAGCAGCUCUUGCGGAUGCUAACGUGAUUCUCAACGAUGUACGAAUGAAGUUAGACAAACAAGAACGCGCGUCGAAAAUCCUCUCGAGAGAGAAUGACAAGAUGAAAUUCGAACGAGACAUAUGGAUGGCUGAUUCGAAACGUCUUGAAAAUGAAGUUCGACUGCUACGUGCGCAGUUGAGCGCUUCAUCAGCAAUUGAGAACAACAGCACAAAUUCGGUGAAUAACAACACGUCAACGCCAAGUGAUGGAAGUGGCAGUGUACAUCGUCUAUUCGGUGAUUCCAAAGCAAUUUCAGGUGGAAUAUCAGACGCUCAUAAUUCUCCAGCAACAUCUUCAUCUACACCACAAAAUCUUCAGUCUCCGAUAUUUGGCCAGGACAAAUCCGUAUGUCCUCCGCCACCCGAGCUACCAUCACUCGUCGGUAAAUUUCGCCAUAGUAACAGCUCGUCGGAUUCGUCCAAAGCAAAGGUUUCUUGCAUGUCGUCAUUGUCUUCGAAAAGAGAUAAUAACUCUCAGCCAUCAUCCCGAAAAGACUGGAAAUCAAACUCAACGACGCGAACGCAUUAUGCUACUUCUAAAACGAAUGGUCAAACGAUUCAACGACCGUCGCGAACAACCACUCGCCUCUCUGAAGAUACAAAUAACAAAACGGCGAAGAGUGAUAUUGGCGAAGAGAAGUUGGAACGAGAGAAAUCGUGGAAGAAGGAAACAAAAACAGACGGAGAGCGGUCAUCGAAAGCAAUCGAUUCUGUGAGCGAGAGCACGACGACGAAGUCACACUCUGCAUCUCCUAGUUCGUCAAGUAAAACGGAUCUUUCGAAAUCAUCAAAACAGACGUCGCAAUCAGAAGAGAAGAGUCCCCAAAAGCGAAUGGAUGAUGAAAACAAAACCACACAACCGAAUUCGAAUUCCAAGAAGGCGUUGAUUGUUCCUCCGCCUAAAGACGAGUCGGAAAUUUCAAGUGCAUCGACGAGUGAUUCGAAGAUCUCACCCGCCCAAAUCGCUUUUUUCAUCGCUUGCUGGACACAGCCGAUGGCCAGACGUGAUGCAACCGCAUUCAUCAGGUUCUUCCAAGAAACGCAAACGUCAUGA